CGCCUGCGUCUACACUUCCAGCUAUGGACGCUUCCAACUCGACCGGGAGCCCAUGUUACCCAGAACCGGGUGGGCGGGUUUCCUGGACUCCUCGGUCACGUUUCAGGGUCCUUCAUUACUGUACCAUCAGCUGGGCUGCGCAGCUGGAUGUACUAUAAGUAUAAGUCUCAUGCUGUAAAUAAAGGCAGUGCUGCUGCAUGAUGCGCAGCUCUAAUGGACGAGGAUUCCCGGGAAUAAAACAACUAAAGAAACGAUCAAAUUAAACGAGGCUGUUGUAAUACAAGAACAUAAUAGCGGUACCGUUGUUAUACCGCUUAUUCUGCAUUUUGGAUAGGGAACAUCACUUUUUAAAUUAUAUACAAUUUCAGAUAUUUUAAAUAGCUUAAAGAUAAUAUACCGUUGUAGUAGAUUAAAUGUUUUGUUGCAUCCAAAAAAGCCAAACAUUACUGAGAAAUUUGUACCAUGUUGCAAAAGUGACAGAUAAACGUCUUUUAUGCCACCAACGAUUAAUAAUUAAUUAAUUUUGAAUAUUUUUUUUACCAUGUAAAAUAUUCAAAUCGAGAACGGUGCAUUCCGUAAUUUGUCUGGCACCAUGACGCAAUGACGCUCCCUCCUCGCCGGCGUGAAGCACUCGGUUUAAAUGUUUGGAAGUACCGGCUAGCAAGGCGGGGCGUUUGUUUGAUAUUUAUUUUCGAACUGUACACCAGACACUGUGCAGUUUUCUAACACAUUGUGAGUUUAACUAUUGUAGGCUAUUUUACCACGGUUGGCUUUUGAUUCAGCAGUCACCUUUUUGUCUGUUUUACUUAUUGGAAUUUAAAAUCAGUUAAAUGUGAGAUUCAGUAUUUUCAGCAUCAUGGGUAACAUGCAACCGGAUUCUUCUUUUGUAUUGCAUUUUAACUUCCCUAAAUAGUUUGUUUGUUUUAAAGAUGUAAUUGAUAUUUUGAAUUGAGUUACUUGUGUAUUCACUCUACAUGAUCGUAAUUGCGGCAGAUGACGUGAAACAAAUCAAACCUCCCUGUCCGUUGGAGGGGCGUUAGACGUUGGAGGAGGGAAUGUGCUGCUCGUGCCGUUGGCAGCGAAUGGACAGACAAUAUGGACGACCCGCGGGAUGUUCAAACUUCUAAACGAAACGGGAGCUACAGGUCGUUAUUGUCGGCCGGUUCCGCGGUGGCGAUGGAGAUUAAACGGAAGAAAAUACGGCAGAGUGCCGUGUUCCUGCAAACAGAGAACACAAACAUACAAGAAAAACUUGACUUUGAGAUGCGAAUGCGGGACGGUGCCUACAAGCUGCUGCUCGCCUGCAGUAAGAGAGAACAGGUUCUUAACGCCUCCAAGAACCUGCUGACCUGCAACGCCAGGAUCAAGGCUUAUCUCACACUGCUGCAGAAGAAGAAAGAGGAGCAGGACAUGAUGGGAAGAGUCUGGAGACUUUCAGAUCCAGUUUCAGAUGACCGUGUGCCCUGUAAUGGUACAAUUGCUAUGUCUGGGCUGCGCAUUCCUUUGAUGUGGAGGGAUUCUGACCACUUUAACAACAGAGGGACCUCUCGUCGAGUGGCCGUGUUCUGUCUGAUGCAGAUUGGCUCAGAGGUGUUUGACACACAGAUGGUGGUGGUGGACAGAUCAGUCACUGACGUCUGCUUUGAGGGAGUCACCAUCUUUAAAGAAGCAGUUCCUCAGUUUGAGCUGAAGGUGGAGCUGUGGAGCUGUGCCCUGGAGGAAGAGCACACGAUGGUAAACACGCCAAAGAAACUGGCCAAGAAGCUCCGCAACUCCUUUGGAAAGACUGCUGGGAAGAAGCUCUGCCCUCUGCUGGACUCCUCAGACCCUGACACCUUCCUGCAGCACAACCCCAUACCCUCUGGAGCCAAGUUCAACCUGCUGGCCUACACUACACUGCAUCUACCUGAGGCUGAAGGCAGCUUUCAGUCUCACUCCCUCAUUGUCCUCCAAGAUGCUGAGUGGUCCUCUUGGCUUCCACUUUACGGCAACGUCUGCUGCCGGUUGGUGGCCCAGCCUACGUGCAUGACACAGAGCAUGAUGACCGGCUACCUAAGCCAGAAGCAAAGUGUGGAAGGGAUGUACCGCUGCUGCAGUCUUUACUGUGUGCUGAGCGCUGGCUUUUUGUCCUGUUACUUCACUCCAGAAGAAAUUGAUGCUAAAGUGCAGCCCACUCUCAAUGUUCCCAUCAACAAGGACACCCGGAUCCGUGUGAUGGAGAAGGAGUCAGCAGGCCAAAAAUCCAGGAGUCUGUCUAUCAUAAACCCUUCACCGGAGGGAUCUCAGACCAUCGUCUUCACCACAGAAACUGGGGAUGAGCUGGAGGACUGGUUAGACACCCUCCACCAGCACCUCUAUGAUCAGAGCCAGUGGCUGCAGUGUUGCAACCAGCUAAUGAAGAUCGAGGUCGCGUCACCACGGAAACCAUCACUCUUCCUCACCAAGCAGGCUGACUCUGUUUACAAUGACCUCAGUAUAAAUUCACCUGGCAAGUUUGAGAGCAUCACAGACAUCAUCCACAACAAGAUAGAGGAGACGGAUGGCCGCUUUCUUAUUGGUCAUGAAGAGGAAAAAGAAGCGGCUAACUGGUCCAGUCUGUUUGAUGGGUCCCAUUUAGUGGUAGUGCAGAAGAAUAUUCUGUCCCAGAGCAAAACCUCUACCCCUUGUCCAAGCCCCAACCAUAAUACCAGCUCUACAUCCAUCAACAAGAAGCGCCGUGCCCCGCCCCCACCCUCUGACAGAGAGCCUUACGCUCCUCCCGCUCGUCCGGCCAGACCUCCCCUUCCUGCUUCUCUUCAUCCUCCUCCUCCUCCUCCUCCCCCCCCAUACCAGGAGAAGGAGAACUCUGGCACUUGCACUUCACGCCCGACCACAAGGUCCAAGACCGGCAGACCAUCUCUGGAUGCCAAAUUCUCUGCCAUCAUCCAGCAGCUCCAGCGAAACAACACUCCAGGAGCCGGAGCCCUCAGCCGUAAGAACGCCCCCCUGGGCGUCCUCGACGUACAACCACAAAGUCAGCCUCAGGCCCCUCUCCAGCAGCUGGAAUACCAGAACCACCACAUCCACAACACUGAAGCCACAGGUGAACAUGGUUUCCUCAGACCAAGUCACGGUCCUGGUCCUGUUCCUGUUCCUGCACCGAGGAGCAAACUGAGAAAGUCUUUCAGAGAGAGGAUGAACUUUAAAGCCUUGUGACUUCGACUUUCAACAUUAUCCAGAUUUAACUAACUCCACCUGACCACUAAAACAAACAACUCUAACAACACUUAAAACUUCAACUGAGCUGGGGAACAUGGAUAAAAAAAAAAAUCACAUAUCAGAUAUCACAAUAUAUUUGACUGUACCUCAAUAGCGAUAAUGUGAUGAUACUUUGGGUAUGACUGACUGCACUAAGGACUGUAGUAAUUAGUAAUAUGAUACAAGGAAAAGAUAAAUGCCACUUUCCAAUCUGUACCCUAGAUAGAAGCCUGGAACUUGGAAAUGGUUAGCUUAGAUUAGCAUAGAGAUUGGAAACAGGGAAGCAGCUAGCCUGGCUCUGUCCUAUUGUAACAAAAUCUGCCUACCAGCACCUCUAAAGCUUGCUAAGAAGUCACUGCUCCCAGCCAAAAAGGGAGGCACAUAACCCCAUGUAAAACUGCAAUUAGUUUAGUUACACUUUGUUUUUUGUAUGGAUUAAAUAAUCAAGAUGUUAAUUAGUGAGCUUUCGAGGUGCUGAUAGGCAGAUUUUGUUGCCUGUGGACAACCAGGCUAGCUGUUUCCCCCUUGCUAUCAGUCUUUAUGCUAGGUUAAGCUAACCAUCUCCUGGCUCAGGUUUCAUAUUGAGCUGAUUGAUUAGAAAGUGGUAUCGAUCUUCUUAUUGUAUUUCCCAAAAUGUCGAAACUUAACCUAAAGAAUGGGUGGUUGACGUGGUCUCUUAAAAAAAAAAAGAUCCUCACAAUGUCCAUCACUACAACCCAAAUCCCAGCUGACACCUCACAUCACAAUAUCAAUACUGUAUUGAUACGUCUCCAGCUCCACUCUCCAUUUAUAAACUUUUUUUUCAUGUGCAGCUAACCCAUAGAUGAAAUUGAAAGCUGUAUGUUGGCUUGAGCACCGCCAUCAUCAAUCCCACUAAAACGGAAAGGCUUAUUUCUCAGCUCUGCCACUGGAACAUGGGCCGAAGAAAGAGCCUUUGCAAAAGCACUCAAAUUGGAAUUGAUCCAUUGGCCGACUGUGGACGAGUCAUUCCUUUUGGAACUAUUGACUUAUUCCACUCACUGUGACAAUUUUAUGACCACUAUAGCUGAUUUUAAGGGAACAGGAUUUUAGGAGCAAUUGCAAGCACUAAUGUGACUUCUCCAUUUCCCAGAGGUCUUAAUAAUGGAGUGACCUUGGUUUUCAGUGGCUACACAGUAUGUCCAACAUAAUUUAACACUGCAGCCCAUAAAUGCUCUGAACAUAAUUGAAUGAAUGAGUCUUUUGAGUGGCUAAAAUAAUGAAUGCCCUUGUUUUUGUGUUUUGAACAUAUCCAAUACUGCCAGCCACUAAAUAUUUCAACCACUUAACAGUCACGUGUUGAAUGGUCUUCAUAAUUACACAGAGUGUACAAAACAUGGGGUUGAGCUACUUUCUCUGAAAUUACCUGGGCAGAAAGCUACAAGCCCUUUUUUUUCCUUUUUUUUUUUAUCCCACCCUCUAAAUUCUGUUUAAUCAAGAAGGAGAGAUGUAGAUUUGGAGGGAGGCGGAUUACAGGAGGAUUUAGUUUUAAGCCUUGAAAGAACCGAGAAUGGUUUGUACAAAAGGGGAUGCUGCUCAAUAUUAGUAGAGUGUUCGAAAUGUUUUCUAUCCUCUGUGUGUGUAUCACCAACACAUUAGGGACUAUGAUGUUGUACUGUAUAUACCUGGAAAAACAAGGCAGUACUCUAGGGUCAACCCUCAUAGCAUUAGUUUUUACUGAUGCUAAUGUGGUUACACAUUGGGCUGUAUGAUAUCAUCACAGUAAUUAUAUUGCACUUCCUACAUCCCCCACUACUUUCAGUUAGACUAAGCAUGCUAGAGACAAAGAACAUUCAAUUACAUGUAAAUAUUACUGGCAGUCUGUGAACGCUAACAUUUCUGUGUAGUAUUUCCGGUUAACCGUGUAGCUGGUGAAAGCCGUUUCAUGUAACCAGUAUAGUCAAAUGUUUCCCCUGUGGAUAUUAAGCUUGAGGAAGAGCAUGUGAUCUAAAUGAAACUAACUGCUUUAUGACUAAACAAGGGCGGAACAUUAUCACUUUGAUCAGAGCCAAACUAAUGAGCCAAAUUUAUAUUCAUUAGAGAUAUAUGUACUUGUCUUUUAUCUUUGUCUUUUCAUUUGUUAAUUACACAUGACAGCAAUAACAGUAACAGCAAUAAUUAUUUAUUUCUUUUAUUAAAAUGUUCUGUGAUUUCUUUUGAUAGUGUAAUACGGUUAUAUCAUCUCAAUGUUACUUCUAGCACAUACAUUAUUUAGACUAAGUGGCACUGUGUUUAUGUAGUAGUGAGUAGGAAUACAGUAAUUUUGUCUUUAGUACAGUGUAAAAAAUAUUGUUUUUGUUUCUCAAAAAGUGCAAUUUUCUCCUCACUCUCUGUUCACUGUUGUCUUGGAAGCUAACUGUAUUUUUUAUUAUUGCUGAUCUGCAAUAAAACGGCCUACAUUCUA